AUGGCUAUUGUCUGGAAUCAACCCAGCCAUAUAGUCUUGGACGUGCAGCCUGCACCGAUAAGGACUGGGACACAUCGUCCGGUACCUGGCAGAAAGGGAGAAGGAUGCACAGUCGUCCUCUAUAGCUUCCUCAAUAACAAAUCGCUGUACUGCGCAAACUCGAUCGUCGCCAAUUCAUCAAACAGCAUAGGCUGCGCCGAGGAUACAAAACCAUUCACCAUCAACAGUGGUGAUGUUAUCACCAACAGAGCCCUUCUCGCGAAAGCCGAUUGCUCCGUACCUACGCUCAACCAGACAGCAGCGAACAGUGGCAUGCCCUCCUCCACUGCCACCCCUACCAGCAGUCCUGACAAGGAUAACAGUGACCCCAAGACUAUCGCCGUCGGCGUUGGUGUUGGCAUCCCUCUUGGGAUCUUAGCCGUAUUCGCCUUCGGAUGGGCCCUCUACGAGCGGAAGCAGCGAUAUCUCCUCAUAAACUCCCAUUCAUCGCAAAUGAUGGAGCCACAGCCAUACACCAUGGAGCCGAAGCCUGUACAUAUUAGCCCAGUUCCCCAGGAAUUGGGAGACGAGAACCGCUAA